CAUAUAAACGUGGAAGACAGUAAGGCCUUGGUGUUUGGGCCCCUAGUGCACAUGUUCAGGUAUGUAAAGUAGUCAGUCAUUCAAACGUCUACACACACCACGUUAGAAGAUUAAAUCAAGCCUCACACUACACACGACCUGCAACUGAAUCAGUCUCACCGCGUGGAACCGACUCCCUAAAAAAAGAGGAUUGGAGUCGACUCCUUGUUCUCAACGCCGCGUUCCGGAGAAUCGACUCUCUAUGGCAGCCCUACCGCGUGCAUCAGUAAACCGUGAACUGUAAGACUAACCGGAAGCCAAAGAGGGAUUGCGGGACUGAUGCGCUGCGCCUUCAUCCAGCUGCAGCGUCCCAAAGCGCAGGGCAUUGGCGAUGGCGGAGAUGCCGUUUCCCCGCUUCACGACACCGAGCUGCUUCGGUUUAUUCUUCGGAACAUUUCUCACGAAGCUUGCGCACGAGACCGACCGUUAAAAAUUCAAAUCGUGGAACACCUUGCUGACGGUUGCACGCCAAACGGUCCCCGACUAACCUCUGCAUUAUUCUGUACAAGGGUUCACGUAUUGGGGUUUUUUUUUUCUCCCCCAAAUUUUUGAAAUUAUUCUGUUAAAAAAAAGGACUCUUUUUUGGAAUUAUUUACGUUUAUGAAUUUUAAUAAGGUUGGUAACGGGAUUAAAUUUAACCGUUUUUUUUUUUUUAGGUAUGUGUGUGUGAUUUUUUUUAUUAUUUUUUUUAAUGUAUUUAUUUAUUUAUUUAAUGGUACUGAAGAAGUGCUCGUGCUCGUAUUCAGCCUUGUAGUCACGCUAUAACCUUCACGUGCACGUCAAUGACAGCUAGCACGGCUAGCUCGGUGUGUUCAGGAUUUAACGUCGAUAUUUGACGUUGUUAUUGAUUUUAUUCCGUCUAAUUGAACGGAGGGAUGAGAGAGGAAAAACAGGCGGAAAGGACGAAUUACAGGUACUUGGUAACAUCCGGUGGGACGCGUUUUGACUCACAGCAGCUUCAGGUGUCGAGGUUUUGACAGUUCGUCCAUUUAGUACAGACCCACUUCCAGUCAGUCAGGCAGGCAUAACGAGUUUUCCGGCGUGUUUGCUAAAAAAAUAAAAAUAAAAUAAUAAUAAUAAAAAAAAACAUGGCUUCUGGAGUUGCCAGCCUCGCCUCCUCCAUCGCCAGCAAAACCAAAACGAAGAAAAAACACUUCAUGCCGCAGAAGAAGAAGCUUUUCCGGUCCAGCGACCCUCUUCUCAGUGUGCUGAUGUGGGGAGUCCACCACUCGAUCAAUAACCUCAGUCACAUCCAGAUCCCUGUAAUGCUGAUGCCCGAUGAUUUCAAAGCCAACUCCAAGAUCAAAGUGGACAAUCACCUCUUCAACAAAGAGAAUAUGCCAAGCCAUUUCAAGUUUAAAGAGUACUGUCCUCUUGUCUUCCGAAAUCUGAGGGAGAGGUUUUCCAUCGAUGAUCAGGAAUAUCAGAACUCUCUGACGCGGAGCGCGCCGAUCCCGAGCGACGCCCAGGGCCGUAGCGGCGCACGCUUUCACACCUCCUACAACAAGAAGUACGUCAUCAAGAUCAUCACCAGCGAAGACGUGGCCGAGAUGCACAACAUCCUGAAAAAGUAUCAUCAGUAUAUAGUGGAGUGCCAUGGCAACACACUGCUGCCUCAGUUCCUGGGCAUGUACCGCCUCACGGUGGACGGAGACGAGACGUACAUGAUCGUCACGCGCAACGUGUUCAGCCCCCGUCUGCCCGUGCACAAAAAAUACGACCUGAAGGGAUCCACCGUGUCCAGAGAGGCUAGCGACAAAGAAAAGCCACGCCCACCUGAAGAUGGGGCUCCAGCCAAAUCUCGCAUGAGCCAAAAGCUCCAAACCAUUCGGAUCGCCACACGCUUUUACUGCGCCAUCAGACAUACUAAGGAACUCCCAACGUACAAAGACAAUGACUUCAUCAACGAUGGACAGAAGAUCUAUAUAGACGAGGAGAACAAGAAGAUGUUCCUAGAGAAGCUAAAGAACGAUGUGGAGUUUCUAGCCCAGCUGAAGCUAAUGGACUACAGCCUGCUUGUUGGGCUCCAUGACGUGGAGCGCGGAGAGCAGGAGCAGCCGGAGGAGGAGAUCGAGGACAACGAAGGAGGAGAGGAGGAGGGAGCCGAGAGCGACGGAGGAGUGACCGGGUCGCCACCCGAGAGUCCCAGCAACACGCUCGACAGCAACAGGCCGCUAGGGCCAGGAGAGUUCGAUCCCAGCGUGGACGUCUACGCCAUACGCAGUCACGAGAACGCCCCCAAAAAAGAGGUGUACUUCAUGGCCGUAAUCGACAUCCUCACACCAUAUGACGCUAAGAAGAAAGCAGCACAUGCAGCUAAGACGGUGAAGCACGGGGUAAGACCAAACGCCUCUUACAGGUUGUUUUUUUGGGGUUUUUUUUUUUUUUUUUUAAAAGAGAGAUUUCAAUUUCAUAAACAUUGAAUGGCUCAAAGCAAUAAAACAGCAUAACCUGAAUAUUGACUGUAAUACUGUUUUUAAUAUCAUCAGUGUGAGUGGAUUCUUCAAUAAGAACACCCAAGGGAAGUCACUCUAGUCUAUCUAGCAGAGUAAAAUAAAGUCAACGGCAGUCUCAUUUUAGCUGUAUAAUUCUGAAGAUGAUCACAAAGCAGCUUUACAGAAAUCAGGAUGUACUGUAUAUUUAGAUCCCUAAUCAGCAAGCCAGAGGUGACAGUGAUGAGGAAAAACUCCCUGAGACGACAUGAAGAACAAACCUUACUGUAAGAGGAACCAGACUCCAAAGAAAACCCGUCGUCUUCUUGAUGGCAUCCGAUUCUAGCGCGAUUAAACACUCAUUACAGUAUUCGGGUGUGAGAGAGUAAAGACAGACUGUACUAAGUGUGUUGAGAGGAUGUUCAGUUUGAGCAGAUUGUGAUUAAGAGUGCUGGGAUGAGCGCUGGGCAGUGUUUAUGAUUACAGCAGUUCUUAGAGACAGAUCUACAGUAUACAGGUAUGCAGAGAUGAUUCACUCCAGCAACUAGAAUAAAAUCCACAGUUUGAAAUAGUACGUGUUUUUAUUGUUUCUGGUUACACAUUCAUUCGAAAAAAACGCCUCAUCUGCCAUUUCAUUUGAAAAAAACGCUUUAUGCUCUAGAUGUUUGUAGUGAUAUCGAUCCUCCACCUUGCACUCAUCUAACUUCGCUUGAGCUAAUAAAAGUUAUAUAAUAAUGUUUAAAGGUGCAGUCAGCAGUUUAUUCUGUAAACUCAGAAUUGAAACUGUUACAGUCCUUUGUUUAGGGAUUUCUUUCUUAAUAUGACAAAUAGAGUCACCUCAUUGUCCUUAACGUGCCCUGAUUGUUUGGACGGUUGUAGUCGACGUUAUUUGUUUAUUCUCCCUUUUACAGAGGGAGAUAUAUUUGACAUGUUUUACUGACAGAUGAAGGUAUGUGAGAAGUCUCAGACAACUCAGCUUUAUUCAGGGGCCUUUAUUUUAAAAGUGCACGAAGCCCACGAGAAAAGCGUUCGUCCUAUCGUCAGGAGACCGCCAGUUCAAAUCCCGACGUUGCCACGAGUAUGUGCGGCUGUCCAGGAGCCAAAGGAGCAAAAUUGGCUGCGUUCCCUCUCUCAGGCUACAUCCACAUUAAUCCGUAUAAAUUUGAAAACGCGUCUUUUUUUCCCUCUACGUUUUGGCCUUCCGUCCACACUGAGACGGCGUUUUUGUCGUCCGGUGAAAACGCUCUCCCGAGUGGAUACGCUCGAAAACUCAGUUCAAAACUGAGCUAUUCAAAAACGAUGUAUUUUUAGUCAUGUGAUGCGGUCAUGUGACUCAUUCAACUCAACUUUAUAGUCUCGGGUUACCCGUAGCAACAACUCUGUCCGUAUAAGCAACUUGGUCUCUUUCCUCGACAUUGCCGCAUCAGUUCAAAGAGACAGAAAGUAAAUAAACGCCCGACCGAAAUGAUACAGGAUAAAGAUUCUAACAGAUGAACUUCCAUUCAGUUAGUAUUUCAUUUUUAUUUUAUUUUUUUUUUCUUUCUGUUUCUAAUGUUUUCCCUCUUGGCUCUAGGCUGGAGCCGAAAUCUCGACGGUUAAUCCGGAGCAAUAUUCCAAAAGGUUUUACGACUUCAUCACCACCAUUCUGUCCUAACCGUUGCCUGAGGUCACUCUCAGGACCCUGAGUUCAGGCCUCCAACCUACUGAGAGGCUUUUAAUUGGAUCCUUGGACAUUUAUUAGAGCUGUCUGUUUAUAGUUUUAUUUUGUUUUUUGGUUUGUUUUUUUUUAAUAAAUAACAUUAUUAAAUAGGUUUAUGGCUGUGGAUGGACAAAAAUAAAAUAUAGCUGUGCAUUAUACUGUGCUGUACAUCUGUAUUAGAUAUCGUUGAUUGGGAUGUUGAGUGAUGUGAUUAUGUGUUUAUGUGGAAACCUCAGAGCUGCUUUUUUUACUCUACUUUUGUCUUUGUUUACUGCAAGAAGACCUCAGACAAGGACACUUCUCUGAGCCCGGGUUAAGCAUUGUUUUAGACCAAGGCUGCUUUCACACUUUAUCCACCCUGUAACCAUGACAACGCUCCCAACUAGUGUCACCUAGCUUGCUCGCUAGAUUAGAUUUAUUAUUCUUAGCAAUGCCGAUGACGCAACGAUUGGUGUAACUCUGGCGACGAGGAGGUUGUUUGCCUUCGCUGAAGCUUUAGAGGUAGAAAAUACGAGAAUUUGAGCUGCGACUUGUGCGACAUGACCGCGUGCAGCCAGAAAUAAAGUGAGACGUCACAUCAUGUCCUGGUGAACAUCCCAAAAACAGACACAGUUAUUUUUAUGUACAACUGCAACAUUUGGCAAAGAAACAUUUUCUAGUCAGCACGUCGUAAAUCUCUGUAUAUUCGCCCCGCAGCUGCGUCCCGUAGGAUCACGCACGAAAUGUUGCACUGGCAGUUUUUAUGACAAGUGUGAAAGCAGCCUGAAAAGGUUUUUUUCAGUCAGGGAUCCCACAUUGACAGCACAAAUGAUUAUCUACGGCUGGAAAUGCUGGUGCGUGGUAUUUGUAGAUCGGUAUGACUGCUUUCGAAACGAUAAAUCCAUCGUGGAUUGUUUUGAACCUUCUCCGAAGCUCUUUAGAUAAAGAAAUAAUGAGAUUUUGUAGUCUAUUUAGAUUCACCGCUGUCUGUAGAGAAGCUUAUGAGUAGAAAGCCUCUCAAAGUUGUUUGCACAUGAUCUAGAGCAGGAGUUCUGCGCUCCUGUCGAAGCACAGUUUGAAGUAUGAUCCGAACUGCACAGUAAAUGUUAAACCUCUUCAUUCGUUCGAUCAGGAAGAGAAAACUCGAGACGGCUGUUCACGGCUGGAUUCGAGAACCAUUGACAUCUACUGAACCGCAAACAUUUAUGCAAACAAUGCCAAUUUUACCACUGACUCAAGGGUAAUGCAAUAGUAGUGAGACUGUAGUGAGAGCUUCGAGGAAACCUCCACCCUGACGCACAUCAUAUACGUUUAUAUUGAAAUAUUCGUGACGUAUUUUGAUAUUAGUUACAAAAACAGGUACGUAAUUCUUCCUGCGAAGUUCGACGUCAUAUUAAUGAGCAAUUCAACACAGAAGUAGGGAGGAUAUUACAGCAACUGCUAGACUCAAAGUCCCAGAAAGCUCUCUUUAGGUAAAGACGAAGCAGGGGCUAAAUCCCACCGACUAUCAGCACAGCAUUGUGGGUAAUGUAGGAAACCGUGAGUGAACAUAUCAACAUGUCAGUGAAAAAAAGUGUAAACUAAACAUAAAAGUACUAAAUAAAUCUAGCUGAAAAUCAUGUUGUUUAUACAGAUUAAUAUGCAACGCGAUCAGGGUGGAUUUUUCCUUUAAGUGUCAGUUUAGAGUGAAUUAGAUCAUAGAAGGAUUAGAGAUAAUAAUAUUAUUAUUAUUAUUAUUAUUAACACUUCAUCAUGUUUUUAUUCUCGGAGAAAGUUUUAUGUUGCUAUUUGAUCAGUUCUAUUGACAAAUAUGCCUAUAUUUUUACCUUUUUUCUUUCUUUCUUUCUUUCCCCAGUAGGAAUGCUGUUACAGUUUCGACAUUUUUAUGCGUAACUUUUAGCAUAUAUAGCCGCACUGUUUAAAAAAAAAAGCAAAAAACUGUGGGAAUGAAUCUUACAACUCUACGUCUUGCCGUCUGUGUUUCUCUUCCUCUCAAGCCUGUAACUCUGAACGUUAGUAUUACAUAUAUAAUAACGCAGAUAUAGCUUAAUAUGUUUUCUUUCUUCCAGAAUAUCGUUCUUAUACUAACCCACACAUCUGAAAUCAUCAAUUUACACUGUGCGAGAGUGUGCCUUUUUAAACUGGGAAAUCGUUUCAUUUUGUAUUCGACUCUUUUGUUUGGGUUUUUUUUUUUUUGGUUUUUUUUUGGUUUGGUUUUUAAGCAAAAGUUUGCAGAUGUUAUUUUCUACAAAGGGACAGGUGAUUUAGGGGGAAUCCUGAGGCGCUUUUGCUCUUCCUGUGAUGUGUAAAUAUAUCCGUGUAAAAUAUCUACGAUCUCCUGACUGAAUGUCGCUAAAUGUACGACUUCAGAGUUACUCCAGCAAUCGUGUCUCAAUGUUUGAUAUUGAAGUGAGAUGUUUGUUGUGCAGCUUUUGAAAGAGAUUGUUUUUUUGUUGUUUUUUUUUGAAGGUAUUUACAGUACAGUGCUGGUCUUUUUUUUUUUUUUCGGUGUGUAUUACUGUCGGUGAAUCUGAUUUCUUAGCUACAAACGAACGAUUAUAAGCCAUGCCGUUCGAUUUUUAAGGCAGAACUUUUUAAUCCUGAAAGCUACAGACCUCCGUGUGGACUUUUAAUCGUACUCCGUUGCCUGAUAUCUAUAUUGUUCCUAACAUUUGAUCUUCACACACACACUACUGUAGGCUACAGGCAAAGAUAGUCAUCCCCCCCCCCAUGUGUUUUCCAAUGCAAAAACCUCUCCUGAAAAAGAUCAGUUGUACUGAUCGAAAUAAGCGUCAAAGGAAAGAUUCGAAAAUGCUCCCAGUGUGAUAUCCUACAGUAGAAGGGAUUAAGGGACGCACCCUUUAAGAAAUUGCUGUGAAAGACACAUAGUAUGACAUGACCAUGAGCUGUCUGCCUGCUCGUCAUCGCUGUUCUUAAUCCUGUCAUGACUGUGUGCAGUUUGGUUUUUUUUUUUUGGUUUUUUUAAUUCAUGUAUGUGUGCAAUGUUUUGAGGCACUCGACCAUCAGCAUCGCUUAAUAAAAUGAUGCUUUACUCAACCUGAAUGUCUGCUUCAAUAUUACACAUUGCACGUGUCCCAGCCUAGCCAGUGUUUGAGAAAGGAACAAAAGACUUGUGCUGUUAUUGGUAAAAUAAUCGAUUUAAUGUUACCGUAUAACAGCAGAUCCUGAAGUGUUUUAUUCUGAUUAUACCACAAGUCGCGAGUGAUUACAAUG